AUGCAUGUUAAGUCAAUCAUUCUUGAGGGAUUUAAGUCCUAUGCUCAGAGGACUGAAGUCAAUGGUUUUGACCCCCUCUUCAAUGCUAUCACCGGUUUAAAUGGUAGUGGGAAAUCCAACAUAUUGGACUCCAUCUGCUUUUUGCUGGGCAUCUCCAACCUGUCUCAGGUUCGGGCUUCUAAUUUACAAGAUUUAGUUUACAAAAAUGGGCAGGCUGGUAUUACCAAAGCCUCCGUGUCAAUCACAUUUGAUAAUUCUGACAAAAAGCAAAGUCCUUUAGGAUUUGAGGUUCAUGAUGAAAUUACAGUAACGAGGCAGGUGGUUAUUGGUGGUAGAAAUAAAUAUUUAAUCAAUGGAGUAAAUGCAAACAAUACCAGAGUACAAGAUCUCUUCUGUUCUGUUGGCCUUAAUGUUAACAACCCUCACUUUCUCAUCAUGCAGGGCCGAAUUACAAAAGUAUUGAACAUGAAACCUCCAGAGAUUUUAUCCAUGAUAGAAGAAGCAGCUGGAACCAGGAUGUAUGAAUACAAAAAAAUAGCUGCCCAGAAAACUAUAGAAAAAAAAGAGGCUAAGCUGAAAGAAAUUAAGACGAUACUUGAAGAAGAGAUUACUCCAACCAUUCAAAAAUUAAAAGAGGAAAGAUCUUCCUACUUGGAGUACCAAAAAGUAAUGAGGGAAAUAGAACAUUUGAGUCGUUUAUAUAUUGCUUAUCAGUUUUUGCUGGCUGAAGAUACAAAAGAACGCUCAGCUGAGGAGUUAAAAGAAAUGCAAGAUAAAGUUGUAAAGCUUCAAGAAAAAUUGUCUGAGAAUGAUAAAAAAAUAAAAGCACUUAGCCAUGAAAUAGAAGAGUUGGAAAGAAGAAAAGAUAAGGAAAUUGGAGGUAUACUCCGAUCUUUAGAAGAUGCUCUUGCAGAAGCUCAGCGAGUUAAUACUAAAUCUCAAAGUGCCUUUGAUCUCAAGAAGAAAAAUCUGGCAAGUGAAGAGAACAAACGCAAAGAGCUGGAAAAAAAUAUGGUUGAGGAUUCUAAAACUUUAGCAGCAAAGGAAAAAGAGGUUAAGAAGAUAACAGAUGGGCUGAAUGCUCUUCAGGAAGCAAGUAAUAAAGAUGCUGAAGCUUUGGCUGCGGCACAGCAGCACUUCAACGCUGUUUCCGCUGGACUGUCUAGUAAUGAAGAUGGAGCAGAAGCAACUCUUGCUGGUCAAAUGAUGGCCUGUAAAAACGACAUAAGUAAAGCUCAGACAGAAGCCAAACAGGCUCAGAUGAAGUUGAAACAUGCCCAACAAGAAUUAAAGACUAAACAAGCUGAAGUUAAGAAGAUGGAUAGUGGCUAUAGGAAGGAUCAAGAAGCUUUAGAAGCUGUGAAGAAACUUAAAGAAAAACUUGAAGCUGAAAUGAAAAAGCUAAAUUAUGAAGAAAACAAAGAGGAAGGACUUCUGGAAAAGCGCAGGCAGUUAUCUCGUGAUAUCAGUAGAUUGAAAGAAACAUAUGAAGCUCUCUUAGCCAGAUUUCCCAAUAUUCAAUUUGCCUACAGGGAUCCAGAGAAGAACUGGAAUAGAAAUUGUGUGAAAGGACUUGUAGCUUCUCUGAUUAGUGUGAAAGAUACUUCUGCAACGACAGCUUUAGAAUUGGUGGCUGGGGAAAGGCUCUACAAUGUUGUAGUAGACACAGAGGUGACUGGAAAAAAGCUACUAGAAAAGGGGGAAUUGAAGCGUCGAUACACUAUAAUUCCACUGAAUAAAAUUUCAGCCAGAUGUAUUGCUCCGGAAACUCUGAGGGUCGCACAGAAUCUUGUUGGCCCUAACAAUGUUCAUGUAGCUCUUUCCCUUGUUGAAUACAAACCAGAACUUCAGAAAGCAAUGGAAUUUGUCUUUGGAACAACAUUUGUUUGUAAUAAUAUGGAUAAUGCAAAAAAAGUGGCCUUUGAUAAAAGGAUAAUGACCAGAACUGUUACUCUAGGAGGUGAUGUAUUUGAUCCUCAUGGAACAUUGAGUGGAGGUGCUCGAUCCCAGGCAGCUUCUAUUUUAACCAAGUUUCAAGAACUCAAAGGUGUUCAAGAUGAGCUGAGAAUUAAGGAGAAUGAGCUACAGGCUCUAGAUGAGGAAUUAGCAGGUCUUAAAAACACAGCUGAAAAGUAUCGCCAACUAAAACAGCAGUGGGAGAUGAAAACUGAGGAGGCAGAUUUAUUACAAACCAAGCUCCAGCAAAGCUCCUAUCACAAGCAACAAGAAGAAUUAGAUGCCCUUAAAAAAACCAUUGAGGAAAGUGAGGAGACUUUAAAAAACACCAAAGAAAUUCAGAAAAAAGCAGAAGAAAAAUAUGAAGUAUUGGAGAAUAAAAUGAAAAAUGCAGAAGCUGAAAGAGAGAGAGAACUGAAGGAUGCUCAGAAAAAACUGGAUUUUGCCAAAACAAAAGCAGAUGCUUCUAGCAAGAAAAUGAAAGAAAAACAACAGGAAGUUGAAGCUAUCACUCUGGAGCUGGAAGAGCUCAAGAGAGAGCAUGCAUCCUAUAAACAACAGCUUGAAGCUGUAAAUGAAGCUAUCAAAUCCUAUGAAGGUCAGAUUGAAGUAAUGGCAGCUGAGGUGGCUAAAAAUAAGGAGUCCGUAAAUAAAGCUCAAGAAGAGGUGACCAAGCAAAAAGAAGUGAUAACAGCCCAAGACAAUGUAAUUAAAGCUAAAUAUGCUGAAGUUGCAACACACAAGGAACAAAACAAUGAUUCUCAGCUUAAAAUUAAGGAACUGGACCACAACAUCAGCAAACAUAAACGGGAAGCUGAAGAUGCUGCUGCAAAGGUCUCCAAAAUGUUGAAGGACUAUGACUGGAUUAAUGCAGAGAAACACCUCUUUGGGCAACCUAAUAGUGCCUAUGAUUUCAAAACCAACAACCCAAAAGAAGCUGGUCAGAGACUUCAGAAGUUGCAAGAAAUGAAGGAGAAACUAGGAAGAAAUGUCAACAUGAGAGCUAUGAAUGUACUGACAGAAGCUGAAGAGCGGUAUAAUGACUUGAUGAAGAAGAAGAGAAUUGUAGAAAAUGAUAAAUCCAAAAUCCUUGCAACUAUAGAAGACCUUGACCAGAAGAAAAACCAAGCCCUAAAUAUUGCGUGGCAAAAGGUUAACAAGGACUUUGGGUCUAUUUUUUCUACUCUUUUGCCUGGUGCUAAUGCUAUGCUUGCACCACCAGAGGGGCAAACUGUAUUGGAUGGUCUGGAGUUCAAGGUUGCUUUAGGAAAUACUUGGAAGGAAAACCUAACUGAACUUAGUGGUGGUCAGAGGUCUUUAGUGGCUUUGUCAUUAAUAUUGUCCAUGCUCCUCUUCAAACCUGCUCCAAUUUAUAUCCUGGAUGAGGUAGAUGCAGCCUUGGACCUUUCUCACACCCAAAACAUCGGACAAAUGCUGCGGACUCAUUUCACGCAUUCUCAGUUCAUUGUGGUGUCCCUAAAGGAGGGUAUGUUCAACAAUGCAAAUGUCCUGUUCAAAACCAAGUUUGUGGAUGGUGUUUCUACAGUAGCCAGAUUUACUCAGUGUCAAAAUGGAAAGAUUCCUAAGGAAACUACAUCCAAGGCAAAAGGACCCAAAUGA